AUGGUCGAUUAUAAACAUUGGAUAGGUCAAGUUUCUGACGAUACCAGAAUUUCCAAAUUGUCAAUUCCAGGCACACACAAUUCCGCUGCAUGUCACACGGCGUUACCAUCAGUGCAAUGUCAAGGCGCUAGUGUCACUGAGCAAUUAGAGCACGGUGUCAGAUUUCUCGAUAUUAGAGUUGGAAGAUUAUUUGUUGGUGACAAUAAAGACGAUUUACAAGUAAUCCACGGUAAAUUUCCUGUCAAGAUCCCCUUCCCCUUGAAAUUGACUGAUACUUUGAAAGAGGUUUAUGACUUUUUGGAGCACAAUAAAAGCGAGACCGUUAUCGUUUCCAUCAAGCAAGAAGGUUCUGACGAUUGGGAUAAUAAGAAUGACGAAUUUGGAAAAUUGAUUUGGAACAACUAUGUUCUGAAAAACAAGGACAGGUGGUACUUGAAAACGGAUAUUCCCAGAGUAGGAGACGCUCGUGGUAAAGCCAUCUUGUUUAGAAGAUUUGGUGUUCAAGAUGAAAACUUGAAAAACCAAUUUGGGUUUAGUGCAAACUUUUGGACUUACAACACUACUGAUGAUGAUCGUGGCACUUUUGUUGUUCAGGAUUAUUGUGAAGUUCAAACUGCUCAAGAUUUACCAAAAAAGAUUCAAUAUGUCAAGGACUUGGCCAAGAAAGCUCAGGAGUACACUCAGAGCCACGAUGACAAGCUUUUUGUUAAUUUCACUUCUGGAUCAAACUUUUUUGACAGGGAAUGUUGGCCAGAACCAGUUGCCAAGGCUAUGGUUGAAGGGAACAUUCAAGAUACGUUCCACAAGGGAGUUGGUGUCAUUGUUUUGGAUUAUGCUGAGGUGAACGACUGGAAAUUGGUCAAGGACUUGGUCAAUUCCAACUUUUGA